AUGGACACAGAAUAAACUGCCUCUUCGAUAUUUAAUGAUCCUCACCUGCUUAUGUUUAUGCAAGCAUUAGAAUAAGUUAACCAAUAGCAAUAAUAGAACUCUUUGUCCAGUGCAGGUUAGGCUAAUCAACAAGGAUAAUAAUAGUAGUAGCUACAAUCUUAGCAAACAAAUGCAUCAUCUGCAGCAACUUUAGAAUAGAUCUUACAUCAGGUAAGCAUCCUGCAAGCAUUUUAGGAGCUCGCAAACCAAUAAAAUGCAGGUAACGUCCUUGAUUCCAUGAUGAUUCAAGAGGAUGAUUAAGAAGAAGAGGCUGUAUCUGAUUAGAAUACAGUUCAGUAGCAUUUAUAGCAUCAAGCUAAUAAUUAAUUUACCUCUUCAAAGAGAACUCAUUCUCCUGCCAUUAAUUCCUUAUAAACCUUCAAUUCAUAGUAAAAUUACAGCAAUAAUAGCAGUAAAGAGGAAUAAAAGUUCAUGCAAAAUUCCCAUCUCCUUCAAGUCGCUGAUUCUAAAUUUGAAAAAUAAAAUAAUGUGUAAAAUAACGGGAUAAAGAAUACUAUUUUAUCUUCACCUUCACUCACUUCAGUGAAUCUUUCUCUUAACCAAGAAAACAACCAAUAGAACUUAUUAUAAUUAUAAUAAUAAACUUCCCAAAAAGGAAGAGCUAAAAAAGACACUUCAUGUUCUACUAUUCGUAUUAAGUAAGCAUCAGCUUCAUCUCAGAUUGUCGAUGCUCCUCCUACUCCUUCAUAGCUUCCCAUUAUCCCUGAGAUUAUUGUUCCAUCUGCAUCUUCUAAUAUUAAUUCAAAGAAUGCCAUUAAUAAUUCUAAUUUUAAUUAAUCUAAUAACAAUUAAUCAAAUAAUCUUAAUUUAGACCUCGAAUCUUUCAAUUUAGGAAAUAACAUGGACAAUAACAAUGGUGGUGUGUCUGAUGAAAUGCAAUUACUUAGUCUCCUCUCAUCCUGCUUACCUUUAGAAUAAAUUGUUCAGUUAGCAUUGACCAGCACAGCUGGCAACACAAACUAAGACAGUAACCAAACAGCAGCAGCUGCAGCUGCCGCCCUUGCUUUACUUCUUAGCAAUAAUAAUUCUAAUAGCAACAACAAUAGCAAUUAAGGAUUUGCAGAUUCUCUCCAUAAUAACAACGACAGUGGAGACGAAAAUAACUAAAAUUAAGCCUAUUCUAAGUACUCACAUUUGAUGAAUACCCCCACUUCUUCUAAUAUGUAUAAUAGCAACAACAAAACAGCUCUCAACACAUCUAAUGGUACUUAAAAGACUUAGUAAUCAAAGAUCCUCAGUGGAGCUAGCUCAGCAAAUCACUAAAAUUCCAACACAAACUUAUUCUAAAAUAUCACUACCAAUUUGAGUAGCUUCUUUGAAAUGAAUGGAUUUAAUUCUGGUGAAAAGAAAGCUUAGUCUCCAUCUUAUUCUCGUUAGACUUCCACAUUCAUUCCUCACAUUAUCUCCCAUAACAACCAAGGCAAUAACAGUUCCUAAUAGUAGUAGCUCCCCGCCUAACAGCUCAAUUUCUCUCAAAUUGGAAGUAUGUUCAAUUAAAUUGAUCCCACAACUCUCAGCUUUUAAGCCUUAAUGGCUCAACAUAAUGGAAUUGACACACCUGAAGCUCUUCGUCUCCGUGAGUAAAAGCGUCUCGAAAGAUAGCUUAAAAUAGAAAGAUAUAAAAACAAAAGAAGAAAUUGGAUUCGUAAAAUUUCAUAUGACUGUCGCAAGCGUGUUGCUGAUUCUCGUCUGAGAAUUAAGGGCCGUUUUAUUUCAAAGAAAGACAGUGAAAAACUCAAAGAAAAGGGUGAUGACUCUUGUUAACAAAAUGAAAACACCAUGGCCUUAGAAUAGCCUUCUCAAAACGAAUCUAAUAAACAAGACUAUGCUGCUGAUAAUAACGAAUAAAAGCAAUACUUUGAUGAAAACAUAAACCUAUACCACCAAUAGGAAAUGAUUCAACAGUAAUAGAAUGCUCACCAGAAUCCAGAAAUUAUUGAAUACGAAGAAGCAAAUCUCACUGCUUAAAAAGGCUUUGAUGUUUUAAAUGCAGCUUCAUAAUCGAGCAUAGAAAACAAUUAGAAUCCUACUGAAGAGAUUAAUAACACAAACAUUUGUGAAUUAACUUGUGCAGCUGCUAUGAAUCCCAGCAGUAUCUAAAAUUUAAUGAAACCAGAUGUUAUGGAUAAAGUAAAACAAAGAAUCUUAGAUAAGAAACCUCUCUUUUCACUGAUUAGCUCUGAAUCCAAUCGUUUCAUUUAAGAAAUCUAAAACCAAUCUUCAUCUUCUACCUCCUCUUCAUCUACUAACACUUCUACCUCCUCAACAAAAAACGCUCCUAUUAAUGCCGAGAAUAUCAAAAAUAGCUCAUCUAAAAUGAAUCUAGACUAGCACAAAUCAUUGAAAACAGAACAAAAAAUGAUUGAGGCUUGA